AUUAAUUCGAUCUCUCUAUUCUGUGUAUAAAAAAGAAGAGACACCACAGAAAGAGCUUAUUAAUUGAUAGAGCUAGGCUUAGAAUUCCCAAAUUAACGUCUUUUGCUUCAACAAUGAUACACGUGACAAAUCAUGAACUGUCUUUCGUUUUUGGCCUCUUAGGCAACAUUGUAUCGUUCGUGGCGUUCUUGUCGCCAAUCCCAACAUUUCGUGAUAUCUACAAGAAGAAAUCAUCGGGGGGGUAUCAUUCUGUGCCUUACAUAAUUGCGCUUUGCAGUGCAACUUUAUUAUUGUACUACGGCAAUCUCAAGCCUAAUGGCCUUCUGAUUAUCAGCAUCAACAGCUUGGGAUGUGCUAUUGAAAUCUCUUACCUGAUAGUUUAUCUCAUAUAUGCGCCAAGGAAGGAGAAGAGAUUUACAUUGUCGUUGAUUCUAUUGUUGAAUGUUGGAGCCUAUGGUACAGUGAUUCUAGUCGCCCAUUUUCUGCUAACGGGGCACAAGCGAAUCGCUGCGGUUGGGUGGAUAUGUGCCGCCUAUAACUUAGCAGAAUUCGUGGCUCCUUUAAGCAUCAUUAAAAAGGUUAUUACAACAAAAAGUGUGGAGUUUAUGCCAGUUUCUCUGUCAUUUUCCCUUACACUCUGCGCCACCAUGUGGUUCUUCUAUGGAUUUUUUAUCAAGGAUAUAUUCAUUGCGGUUCCAAAUGUGGUGGGAAUUUCAUCUGGAGUCACUCAAAUAAUUGUAUACUUCUUAUACCGUGGUUCUAACCAGAAGAUUACUGAAGCCACCACCUCGGAGACACAUGCAGCUCAACCUGAACAAACAGCAGAGGUGACGAUAGUUGUUCAAAGCAAGUCGGUUGAAUCAAUUGAGAGCGAUAUUGUCUGAUCAACUUUUGUGCUGAUUUUCUCUUCCAAGAGUAAAUGCUUGAGUUAAAGAGCCAGAUAACUAGAUUAAUACUGACAAAAUAAUGAACCAUGGAUUCACCUUUUCCGAAUGUAUUGAACAUCAGAAUAGUAAAUGUAGUAAUAUGAUAAGCAAAUGUAAUUAUCUUGAUGAUCUUAUGAAGGGAAAUAUUAACAUGUA